AUGAAGUCUGCCAUUUUUCAGGACCCGGGGUUGGCAGGCCACAACCGCCAGACACGCAAACAGCCCCCGAAAAAAUGGCCUCGCGCGUCGUCGCCUAUAGUCAUGCCGGUGUCGACCACUGCACUGCCAACCUGGAACUUUGACGAUAUGCUUUCCAACUACACUGCCUCGGGCAACUUGCCGCCCAUACUUUCUCCAACAUUACCUCCUCGCUUUGCCGCCAAGGAAACAUAUCCCGUCAACAGCGCGCAAGGCGCCGGUUCCGACGACGACGUGGACACCGACUCGCUCCCAUUGUCGCUUUUAUCUCCCACGCUUCCGAGCCUGUUUCGGAACACCUCUUCCUCCCAGGACUCCAAGGCCUUGGCUCACCCUCUUCCCGAAAAGCCAAGCUCUGGUAAUUCUAUGAUUAGUAAUGAGCCGAAGUCUCCGAAAACCAGCAAGGUUCGCUGGAUAAACAGACUAGAUGAUCCAAAAAAGCCACGCUUCUUGCUCCGAAUAAGCUUCGGGCCCCAGGCGAUAGCAUAUAAGAGAAUUAAGCGUUCAAAGCCCCUUCGCGAAGAACGCCAGGACACUUUGCCGGACGAAGUGCAUGGCUUGGCGAUUUCUGGAUUGAAGCGAACGCAGGAACGUGCCGCAAAAACGCUUUGGCCAGGAACAUACAAAGAGUUCUUGGCCCGCCACACAAAACUGGUCAAAGAAAACCCUCUCCUAGCUAUCGCUGCGCAAUUCGACUGGAUCCUUUGCUCGGCCAUAGCGUGCGACGCAGAAAGAUCAAACAAACUAAAAUCCACCAGUUCAAACGUGGACGCAUGGUCCAAUCUAUAUUCCGAUAUUCCUUCUUUUGUUCAUCGCAUAGAGCGCUUCAUCAAAACAAACAGUGUCUCGGAUAGAAAAAAGUCAUGCCUUUCUUUUCUCGUGGGGAUACUUGCUGUGUGUAAAGCCACGAUUCUCAAACGUGCCAAUGCGCUUCUUCUGUCUAGUGCCGAGGAGAUAUCACACGAAGAUUCUUCCACUGAAAAGAAGCAAAAAACAAUCGAUAUUCAACAGCAACAAAUCCAAAAUUAUCGGAAAAUGGAGGAAUGCUUUGCCGAAUCUCAAUCGUUCUUCAAGAAUAGUCCUCUGCCUUCGACUGUCUGUCCAAAAACGUGGUCCUCUAGAUCAUCAACGAUAACCAAGCCGACUGAGAUACGCAUUUCGCCAUCAACUGACCUGUUCUUUCUUCCAUUAGGCCCGUAUUCGGAUCUCGGUGAGGCGUACGCCUUUUUGUACGGCUGCUUGCGAGAAUUUAUCGACGUCUUCAAUAUUGAAGUGAAAAGCGGCACAAAGUACCUGCUCCAGUCUGGGAAAGACGAAUAA